CAAGGGUGCGUGAUCGGUUGUCCCACGCGCAAGAUGGUGGCGUCCAUGGCGCGGCGCUUGUGGCCUUUGCUGGCUGGUCGGUGGCUCCGGUCCCGGGACCGCUGCGUCUGCAACCAGAACCCAAGCAGAAAUUUCGCUACGGAGAGACGGGACCGGAACCUCCUGUAUGAACACGCGCGCGAGGGCUACAGCGCCCUUCCUCAGUUGGAUGUGGAACCUCUGUGCGCAUGCCCAGAAGAGGCCGCGCGCUCCCUGGAGCUCCGCAAGGGGGAGCUGCGACCAGCUGACCUGCCUGCGAUCAUCUCAACAUGGCAGGAGCUGAGGCAGCUGCGGAAGCAGAUCUGGAGCCUGGAGGAAGAGAAGGGGGCAGUGGCUGAGGCAGUGAAGGCCCUGCUGGAAAGCCAGGACAAGAAUCAAGUACAGCAGGACCCUAAAUAUCAGGGUCUGCGCACACGUGGCCGGGAGAUCCGGAAGGAGCUCACAUCCCUGUACCCCAAGGAGACCCAGCUCGAGGAGCAGUUCUACCUGCGGGCGCUGAAGCUGCCCAACCAGACCCACCCAGACGUGCCCAUCGGGGACGAGAGCCAGGCCCGAGUGCUCCAUGUGGUUGGAGAGAAGCCAGCUUUUUCCUUCCAACCCCGGGGCCACCUGGAAAUCGGCGAGAAACUGGACAUCAUCCGUCAGAAGCGCCUAUCUCACGUGUCUGGCCACCGCUCCUAUUACCUGCGCGGGGCUGGGGCCCUCCUGCAGCACAGCCUGGUCAACUUCACACUCAGCAAGCUCAUCCGCCGGGGCUUCAUCCCCAUGACGGUACCAGACCUUCUCCGGGGAGCUGUGUUUGAAGGCUGUGGGAUGACACCAAAUGCCAACCCCUCCCAGAUUUACAACAUUGACCCCUCCCGCUUUGAAGAUCUCAAUCUGGCAGGGACGGCAGAGGUAGGCCUUGCAGGCUACUUCAUGGACCACGCCGUGGCCUUCAGAGAUCUGCCAAUCAGGAUGGUAUGUUCCAGCACUUGCUACCGGGCAGAGACAGACACAGCGAAGGAACCAUGGGGGCUGUAUCGAGUGCAUCACUUCACCAAGGUGGAGAUGUUUGGGGUGACAGGCCCUGGGCUGGAGCAGAGCUCACAGCUGCUGGAGGAGUUCCUGUCCCUUCAGAUGGAGAUCUUGACGGAGCUGGGCUUGCACUUCCGGGUCCUGGACAUGCCCACCCAGGAGCUGGGCCUCCCCGCCUACCGCAAGUUCGAUAUCGAGGCCUGGAUGCCCGGCCGUGGCCGCUUUGGAGAGGUGACCAGUGCUUCCAACUGCACAGACUUCCAGAGCCGCCGCCUGCACAUCAUGUUCCAGAUGGAAGCUGGGGAGCUGCAGUUUGCCCACACGGUGAACGCCACGGCCUGUGCUGUGCCUCGCCUCCUCAUCGCCCUCCUGGAGAGCAACCAGCAAAAGGAUGGCUCGGUCCUCGUGCCCCCUGCCCUCCAGCCCUACCUCAGCACCGACCGGAUCACGGCCCCUGACCACGUGCCUCUCCAGUACAUUGGUCCCAACCAGCCCCAGAAGCCCCAGCUCCCAGGCCAGCCUGGCCUGAGCUGAGAACCCGUCCACAUCAACUGGUGGGAUUGUUGCUGCCUUCUGGAGCUCAGGGGACCCCGGAUGCCUGGGAUUUGUAUUCCUGGGCCCAUCCUGACAUCUGCAUCCCUCAUGUCUGCAUCACUCCUGGGGGCCCCUGAACUCCAGGAUCUGCCUCACCUCCUUCCCUAUCUCAGGGCCUCUGAACCAGUCAGUGAUUCCGUGGUCACUGGGACUCCCAGCCUGCACUGGGAAACAGGCCAUCGGAUGACUUGAAGACCCUGGGGAUGGGGAAAGAGAGGCAAGAGGCCUCCUUUCCUCCCUCCUUCUUCCCUUCCUCUUGCCCCAGUAGUGCUGAGUGGAAAGUCCCAAUAAAUGGUCAGACCACA